AGCAGAAAGCGUGGGAAGAUGAAGGUUUCAUAGAUAAUCGUCGCUGCUGUCAUCGACCAACCUUCCACCAUGCUACGGUCGAUAGCGCUCGCCAUGCUCUGUUUGCGAUCAUGCGACUGCUUUGUGGUCCACCCUCCAUGGAGUCGCGUGACGAUGGGACGACCGACGAGCCAUCGUAGACCAGGCUUAUGCAUGAACAAUAGAGCGACGGAGUUUGCCUCCUCUAGGCUUCGAACUUUGUUCAACCAGCUCGAAGAGGAUGGUAAGAGUGCGGUGAGUCUGCCCGAGUUUGAGAAGCUGCGCGUACAGAGCAUGGUGAAAAGAUGUGUCGAUCAGAGCGACGCGGGACAGGACAUCCCUCCCCUCUCCUUGUCUGCCUUGCAAGAGAACAGCUGCUGGGCGCUCGCUGGGCGGUGGAAGAUGAUUUUCGCUCCCUUGGAGCAGAUGAAGUUCUGGAACUUCUAUCCGAGCUUUCAGUUGUUUCUAGAUGUCGACUUGAAGAACUCAAACAUCGAUUUCAACUUGGAAUUCGGCCCCGGUCUUCUCCUGCAGGGACUCAAGUGCAGCGCUCGGUCUCAGCGGGGUGACAAACGGUUCCUCCUCUCCUACGCGUUCUGGAGGAUCGCCAUCUGCUUCGCUGGGGUUUGGUUGAGGUUCCCAGUCCCAAACAUGUUGGCAAAGGAGGGGAAGUUGCUGGCCUCGUACUUCGAUGGAGACCUCUGGAUGGAGGACAAUGGCAAGGGUGACUUCUACGUCUUCCGGUACAUUGGG